AUGUUCGUAACGCUCUGCAUGCUUUAUCACGCGCUCGCCUACUCCCUUGGUCAUCUAUGGACUUUUCUCUCUCCUUUGAGGUCAAUUUUGAGCUGUGCCGUCGAUGCUACAACGUACCACCCAACGACGCGGCGAAACGUCAUCGUCGACAUCAUCAUGACCAUCUGCACACUUCUUGUUUGGUCAACCCUCAUAGGAUGUAUGCUACUACGCAAAGAAGACCCUGCAAAAUGCGCACCACCACCUCGUGUUUCCUUGAACCAAGCAAAUGAGAGCAUGAUGAAUGCACUAAAAGCAGUGCAAAAGGCUAGGGAUGACUUCAAAGAGAUGGAAGACACCUCGGCCACCACAAUAGAGGCGUUGUGGCGCUUAAGGCAAGCCGGGAAGGACAUGCGCGAAAUCCAUCAGGCACUCGUGGAGAUGUCGGACAUAUUCGACCAGCAAGCAGAACGACAGUUGUCCCGCACUUUCCCCAUUAAUUCAGGUGGAGCGAGAUAG